AUGAAACGCCUGACGCACUGUUCCGUGUACUUGGCCCUUCUGUUGGCCUUGGCUUCGGCGAGGUCGGCCGAGACCAAUCCCACGACUAAUUCCAUCAACGAGGAGACUGCCAGGUCCACAGGGAACAGCAACGUGUUUGGAGAUCUUCGACAGAUGUAUCAGAUUUACAAGGAGUGCGCGGAUGAGGAUCUCAGUUCUUGCUUGAAAGUAAGACUGCUGUCUGCCAUAGACAGGGUGUCCAGAAGCGCUCAGUUGAACAUCGCCGAUGGAGUCACCUUUGUCCAAGACGACCCGAUCUCGAGCGCGGACGAACCGCCAAAGUCCCUUCAAGAGAUCGAGGCUGGUCUGCCUAGAGCUCUGGACGACAAGGAGGACGCGCUCAACACCAUGAUCUUUGACCGAGUGAUGAAAUUCUUCCAAAGCCACACGUUGAAACUGAAGCUGUCCAACGUGGAGGAACUUCAACGAAGUUUGGUAGAGGAAGGUCGCAAGAAGAAAAAGAACAUAGGAGGUUUGCUCGCUAUUCCCCUGUUGAUCGGUGGAACACUGGUACCACUGGCCUUGGGAGCGUUGGCUCUUCUAGCUGGCAAGGCUCUGAUCGUCAGCAAGCUCGCUCUGGUAUUGGCCUCUAUCAUCGGCUUGAAGAAGUUGGUGUCGGGCGGUGGGGACCACGGGCACGAAGUCGUUCAAGUAGCCGGAGGCCACGGAUCCAGCGGAUGGGCGAGAUCCAGUCACGAUCUCGCCUAUUCCGCCUACAAGCCGUCGUCUACUUAG